UAUUUAUCGUAGUCGACGCCUGGUGCUUUAGUCCGUAUUCAAUGUACAGAGCCUUGUCUCCGAAUCCAAUCGCGUGAACCCUUGGAGCCACGAGUCAAUCGGACGACGAAGUGGCUGCUUACCCUCGACCAAGCAGGUCGCCUCCGUUACCUACACGGGACCAUCGUUAAAACCGCUCCUCGAGAUUUUCUUCCUCUGACAUGACUUCCUACUGUCACAAUCACUUGAGAUGGCUGGCAAAAACACCAAGACGGUCGUGCAAUGGGCCCUGACCCUGUCGUGCUGGUUCAUACAGUUUCAAAAGCUGGGAUAUAUCAACUGUUUGCGCUGUAUCAUCGAUUUCCUCUUAACCCUCACCCCGACUUUGUGGUCGCCCCGCGAGUUUUUGUUCUUCCAGUCUCUCACGUUGAGAGAGGCUCCUCUGCUAGAUGACGACACCUACCAGUGCUGGCGACUCCAGGAUGCCGCUGGACGCUGUCAAUCCUGGCAGCAAAAGCGCGAAGCCACCUCAGGGCCUGUGUCGGUCGUGUCUGGCUGGUAUGGGCCCGGUGCUUAUCUGGCUUGGCUACUGACAGCAUUCAUGACGGCCAUUUCUGCCAUUUUGGGGGCAGACUGCGCGCCCUCGCGUGCCGACGCGCAUCGACAGGACGGCGAGCUGCUACUCACGUUAAUUUAUCCCCUCAUUGCCAUGGCUGACGUGGUGCUGCGACUGGCGCGCUGUCAAAUUGACCCCGGCCACGCGGCUGUCCUGGCAGGUUGACGGGCAGGACGAGGAUCUCGGCAUCUUUCCGGGCACGACGCGCGAAUGGGCUUGGAAGUUAGUCCGAUUCUUGUGCCACGGUGUGCUUUUCACGAUCUUGGGCGAGCCUCACG